UGGGGAUUUGUUUUUCUCAAAGAUUUACAUUUAUUUUGAUUCAUUUAAUGCUCAAUUUGCAAUGAAAUAGACAUUAAUUUCGGAGGAUAGAGGGUUUUCAUGAGAUUUUCUCCAUUUUCCCAUGUAAUUGUGUGUUUUUGCUGGAAUUGCGCCUCUAAAAAUAACAAAUGGGAUGAGAAAUAGGGAGAAAAAUAGAAAAAUUGCGGGUUGUUUUGGGAUGGUGUAAUGGAAAAAUUCGGGUUUUGAGGGUAAUUAUGGGUGGCAUUGAUGUGCCUUUUUAGUGGCUACAGCGCCAUUGUGACAGUUUCCUAUAAAAAUUUUCCUCCCAAAUUGAGGUUAAGUUCUCGUGUUUUCUCCUUCUUGCUCUCCUCUGUUUGUUUUGUUUAGUGUGUUUACCACACAGAGAUUUCUGAAAAUUUGAAAAUAGUGUCAUAUUUGCCCCCCAUCGACUGUGUUUGAUUCUUGAAGCACACUGAAUUUGAAGACGACAUCUUUGGCAAGGGAAAUAUGGUUGGAGGUGUGAAGCAGCAUCAGCAGGAAUUGAUUGGGGAUAGCGCUGAGGGGACAUCCGGUGAACUCGGUGGGUCACCGGGGCUCCAGGUGGCGGGUGUUAGUGGGGCAUUUGGUGGUGCGGCACCCAAGGAGGAGCCCAUUGACCUCAAGCAGGGUGUCUGCAUUGGGCGCCUCAGCAACAAAGACAAUGUCCUGUACAUUAAGGAGGCCAUCACCAUAAUUGGGCGUCAAUCCUCCAAAUCGACAGUCCACUAUCAAAUUGGGCGGAAUAUCUUUGUCUCCCGGAAGCACAUGCAGAUUACAUAUGAUGCCACCACCGGGGAUUUCUAUCUCACGUGUUUCAGCAAGAAUGGUGUCUUUGUGGAUGAGACAUUCCAGAGGACCUACUUUGAACCGCUCAAGCUACCAAAAACCUGCAUGCUGAGAUUCCCAAGCACAAACAUCCAGAUGCGCUUUGACAGUUUUGUGGAUGGACCACGAGCCAUUGGUGCGGGUGGUUCGGAUGUUGCAAUUGAAGGUGGUGGCGUGAAGAUUGAUAGUGGUGUGUAUGAACCACUGAAUAUAACAAUCCCCGAAACGGGUGAUAAGAAGAUGGCAUUGGCAUCACCACCUGGUACGAUAAGUGCCACAAAUAGCUGCCCCACAAGCCCCGGCGGCAAGACAUUCAGCGACUACCCCACGUACAGCAUCAAUAACAAUUUCCAGAAUGACCUCUUCGCAGCGCCAUCCACUUCCACGUACGGCGACAAGAAGCCGCCAUACAGCUAUGCCCAGCUUAUUGUCCAGAGUAUCUCGUCGUCGCCUGAGAAGCAGCUCACAUUGGCUGACAUUUAUUCCUUCAUCUCGAAAACCUAUCCCUACUAUCGGACCAUCGAUAGCAAAGGAUGGCAGAAUUCCAUUCGCCACAAUUUGAGCCUCAACAGAUGCUUCAUAAAGGUGCCCCGGUCUCAGGAUGAACCCGGCAAGGGGUGCUUCUGGCGCAUUGACCCGAACAGUGAGAUGAAGUUGAUAAAUAAAAGCUACCGCAAAAGACGGGAGCGUGGACAGCAGAACUACAGAAUCCCCUUCGGGAUGCCACGCUCAGCUCCUGCCUCGCCAACGCACAUGGAAAGCGAGCGUCAUCGUCGGCAGUCACCGUCACCGGAUGGCUUUGAAUUGAUGAGUGCCCCUGGAUCACCGGGUACCAAUACAAUUGUGCAGGAGUACGUCAUCCCGGAUGGCAAUGGCUACAAUUCCGGACAUUAAAAUUGUGCGCGCGCGCUUCAAACACAAAAAAAAACACAAAAAACACACAAAUUGAUGAUAAAAAAAAUCUCUCAGCGGAGCUCCUUUGCCACACACGCGCGGGACUUUGUAUAAUGAAGGAGAGCCCCCAUUGAUGGGAAUUUUUUCCUCAUUUUCUUGUCUAAUUUUUUCUCCUUUUCUUUCUUUUCUACAGACUUUGGGAAAAUAAGGAAUUUUCCUUUAUGCUGGUUUAUUUUUUUUUGAAAUAUUUGAUGGAAAUAAUGAAAUGGAAUGAAUUUAUUUUUUUUCUAAACUCUUUUGCCCUUUUCUUUUGUGCCCUGAUGAAUGUGAAAAAAAAUGAAAAUGAAAGAAUUGGGGAUGUUUUUGUUUUAGGGGAAAGACGGGGGGUGAUGUGUGGGAGAAAACCGCGUGAGAGAUGAACAAAAAAGCUGAAAAAAUAAGAAUAAAAAAAAAGUAAAUUUUAGAGGAUUUUGCAACACCAACAAAUUUCUUUCCCAGAAAAACAAAAACAAAAAAAAGUGGAAAAAUGUCGAAAAUCACGUGAAAAUUUCUUUGAAAAAAAUAAGUCCUAAUUUAUCUCAUUUUUUUUCUUUCUCCUCUAAAUUACAAAGAAAACAAAUGAAAAAUUAUAUAUAUAGAAGUUAGAGAUUAAUGGAUCCCGGAAACCUUAAAGGAAGAACAAAAAACAAAGCUAAAAUAUCCGGUGAGGAAUUUUUCAGUGGGAUGAGGGAUUUUCUUUUGCUUUGAAAGGAAAUGCAAUGAAAAAAAAAAUGAAAAUUUCAUGUGAAUCUCACGGAAGGCGGAAUCCUAAAUUUCCCUUCCGGAAGCCACAUUAACUUACAUAAAAUAAGAGAAAACCUUACCGGAAAAAUGAGGAAAAGGAAGUUUUUCAUUGUCCCCAGAGCAUUUCCUGUUUUGCAUUUUCAAACAUAAAGCAAAAUUUCAUCCUCAAAAUGUUUUUUUUUCUAUGAAAAUUUGAAUGAAAUUUAUCCCGGAAUUUCCCAAAAUGAGAAAAUCAUCCCACUUUUACAUGAAGAAAAAAAAAUGCAAUCAUUUAUUUACUUUUAAUUGCCUCCAUUUGUGAAGGAAAAAUCAUGCGAGAAGUUACAGAUGAAGAAGAAUAAAAAAAGGAAAAGAAACAAAAGAAAAUUACUUAGAAAUUAAGGAAUCUUGCACAUUUUUUUCGUUCUCUUAAGAAGGAAAACAAGAAAUGAAAAAUCAUGAAAAUGUAUGGAAUUUCAUAAAAUUCUAUUAAUUCUCUCGGUGUUAUUCGACGUGUUACGGAUAUUAGAAAUAUAUUACAAAGAAAUAUUGGUUGCAAAA